UCAAGCUCUCUCUCUCUCUCUCUGAGUGAAAGUUCGAGGCAGUACAAGCAAAAAGGAGAAUGUUCUACUCUCACCAGCUUCUCGCCCGCAAAGCUCCGCUCGGCCAGAUAUGGAUGGCCGCGACUAUGCAUGCGAAAAUCAACCGAAGGAAGCUUAACAAGCUCGACAUCAUCCAGAUAUGCGAGGAGAUCUUGAAUCCAUCGAUCCCAAUGGCUCUCAGACUAUCCGGAAUUCUGAUGGGUGGAGUGGUGAUUGUCUACGAGCGGAAAGUGAAACUCCUCUAUGAGGACGUCACUCGUUUCCUGGUUGAGAUAAACGAGGCUUGGAAGGUUAAAUCUGCUCCAGAUCCAACAAUCCUACCCAAGGGAAAAACUCAGGCCAAGAGAGAAGCUGUUACUCUGCCAGAUAACCAGGAGACAGAGAUCGGUGAUAUUGAGCAACCCCUUAAUUUCUCCGAUGCGACGGCCACCGUGGGUUUCCAACACACGGCUUACUUUGCUAUGCGACUAGACAAUGUUGAUGAGAACUGCACGAAUGACAAUGAAAGGAAUGAGGACCAUAAUCAGAACUUUCAUCAAGCUGAUGCAGCAAAUAUAACCUUAUUCGAUCAUUUUGAUCCUUAUCAGACUGAAAGGGAACUAUUUAAUCACUUUGAAAGGUUUGAUAUAGAGGGGGAGGAUGAGACUCAGGCCAACUUUGCUUCAGGAGAGGAUGCACGCAUACCAAGUACUCUCGUAGCCUCACCACCAUUGCCUGACGAUGCUCAGAGAGAUGAAGUUCAAAAUCAACAUCCAGAAAGCCAAAUUAAUCAGGAAACUGAUGGUCUCAAGUUUCCUCAUCAGGAUAAGCAGAGACAGGGACAAGCCAAAAGGAAAGCUAAAAGAGCAGAACCUUUUGCCAUGGACUACGAACAGAUGAUCAUCCCUGGAAAUACAUACCAAUCAUGGCUGCAAAACUCUUCAGGCCUUGUCGCAAAAAGAGGAAGAAAGAGAAAGCGUAUAAGUGUGAUGACCUGCAUGAAGAUCACUCAUCUCAUGGAGCUACCCCCAACAGUGCUAGCUUGUGGUUUACUGACUGAAAAUAGAGGCGUUUAUUAUCCUCCACCUCUUAUGCAGCUGUGGACAAGAAGUAUCCAGCCUCCCCAUGACUCACCUUCUGGAAGAACAUCCCCGCCCUUGCCACCAGAACCAUCGUCAUCAUCCCCCCCAGAGAGAGCAUAUUAUCAAGAUUUAGGGGCACGGCCUUUCGAAGAUCUACACAUGGAGGUCAACCUGCCUUCACAAGAUGUCUCCAUAGAGAAGCUGCGGAACACUUUUGAAAAUCAUGAAAUGCCCCCGGAAAUUUUCAUGGAAGGUUUAAAAAACAAUCUCAACCACAAUAUGACAGCGGUAGCAGAUCCAGACCCAAUGGUAACUCCAGGAAAUUCAGGGGAUGAUGUAAGAUCCAUUCCAAGCUCAGCUUCUGGACACAACUUCAUAGCACCCAAUGCAGAAGUCAACUCUGGACGAUCCAGCAAGAAGCAGCCCUUUUCUUCAUCUAAAAACAGCAAUAGUGGCCUCGAACCUGUAGCUGAGGAAAAUUCAUGGUUAAACGUGGAUCCCAACUUCAAGUUAUCAAGGCUGCCUGAAGAUGGCCAAACACCUGAACAAGAAUUGCUGGUGGAAACUGGACCAACACAAACCCAACGCCCAAUCAGCAGUCCUCCUGUUGACAAGCUUACAGAUACCAUCCGCACCCAGAUGAAAGAGCAUUUUGAGACUCCUGGGGCCCCCAAGGAAGAAUCCCUGAACCACCUCGCCACUGGGAUGAGCCGAAGAGGAGCCGCCAUGCUCUUCUAUCAGACUUGCGUUCUUGCGACUCGCGAUAUGCUCAGAGUUGAACAAAGGGUGCCUUAUGGAGACGUACUCAUUUCUCGCGGAGCAAAAAUGUAAUUACCACUUAAGAUUAAAACAAGGCAGAUCUAAACAUGUCCUCCUAAAUUUUGCUUCGAGACCACAACCAUAUUCUGAUGACUAGGCAUCUCUUAGACUGAGGUACUCUUUCUUGGGGUGAUAUCUAUUUCCCGUCUGGAAUUUUAAUCCUAU